AUGCCGUCGCCGUUUGACGCUGAUAAUGGCGCUCGAAAGCUAUUUCGUGUGAAUUCUACUGAACAAAGGACUGGUAGCAAACCGGAAAAUGACAAGCCGGAUGCCAGGAAUCAGGCUGAUGGUAAGAGUACUGACCACCAACCUCCCGGAAAUUACGCUCAACUCAUGUCAGUGGCGAAACUCGCCUCGAAGAAUCGGCGGUCGGGGGCUGAGCUUCAAAGGCGCCGAGCUACCAUUUGGAGAGAACUCGAAGAGACUGGCAAACUUCUUGCUGAGAUUCGAAGCAGGUUGGAAGCAGCACCUCCAGGCUUUGACGAAGAUGACCUGGCAGAAUACAGGGCCAUCUUGGAAGCCCGGGCGAGAGAUUUGGGCGCAAAAUUGACACUGUCUGAGGUGGAAGAAGAUGAAGAUCAGCAAUGCGAAGAUCUUAUCAAUGAGGAUUGCGAAGGUGAGGACUACGAAGAUGAUGAAGAUGGUGGAGCUUCCUUUUAUUUAGAGCCGCUCCCCGAGAGUCUGCAUGAAGACAGUGGCAGCAGUUCUGACGACAUGAAGCCAAAUAAGGUAGUCUACUCAGACUUUGAUGCCGACUCAGAUGAGGACAGUGAUUCGGACGCUGGGGCUAAUCUGGCCAAGGUCGAGGGAAUCAAGGCUGACCCUUCUCUGAACGGCGAAUGCUUCUAA